AUGAAUGGACAUCAGUUUGCAUACUCGUCCGCGCCGCUUCGGCGGGUUAAAUACGUACAGUUUGGAAUUUUGUCACCAGACGAAAUUAAACAAAUGUCGGUCGCUCUAAUUGAGCAUCCUGAAACUAUGGAUGAAACUGGACACAGACCAAAACAAGGCGGUUUAUUGGACUCUCGUAUGGGUACUAUCGACAGAAAUUUUAAAUGUCAGACUUGUGGUGAAGGCAUGUCUGAAUGUCCUGGCCACUUUGGCCACAUAGAAUUGGCUAAGCCAGUUUUUCAUGUUGGAUUUCUACCUAAAGUGAAAAAAAUCCUUGAGUGUAUCUGUAUUAAUUGCUCGAAGUUAAAGACAGACGACUCAAACGCAAAAUUUGUUCAAGCACGCAAAAUUAGGGACCCGAAGCGCCGUCUCAAGGCCGUAUGGGAUAUAUGCAAGUCAAAAACUACAUGCGAACGUGGCGAGGAAGCAGAUCAAGAUGAUAAAGGUUCUGAUUAUGAGGAUUAUGUUCAAAGUGCUCCUUCUAAACAGCAGCAACAAACCACCGAUGAAGAUUUAGGUCUGGUCAGAAAAAAGAAACCACACGGGGGUUGUGGUCAUAAACAGCCUACAAUCCGUAAGGAAGGAUUGAAAUUAUACGUAAAUUAUAAAAGUAACAAGGACAGUGAUGAACAAUCUCAAGAUACACGAAAGCCACUUACUCCAGGUGAUGUACAUCAAAUUUUAAAAAAGAUCUCUCCUCAAGAUCUUAAAGAUAUGGGCUUGAAUGGAGAAUAUGCUAGACCGGACUGGAUGAUAAUCACAAUUCUUCCAGUUCCACCACCACCUGUUCGUCCAAGCAUUCAAAUGGACGGAACUAGUAGAGGUGAAGACGAUUUGACACAUAAGUUAGCCGAUAUAUUGAAGGCUAAUCAAAAUGUUAAACGUUAUGAAGCCGAGGGACACCCUGCUCACGUUGUCAAUGAAUUCGAAGCAUUGCUACAGUUUCACUGUGCAACAUAUAUGGAUAAUGAAAUGGCUGGCCAACCUCAAGCUCUUCAAAAGUCUGGGAGACCCCUAAAAUCGAUCCGUGCACGUCUUAAGGGUAAAGAAGGUCGUUUACGUGGAAAUUUAAUGGGAAAGCGUGUUGACUUUUCCGCUCGUACUGUCAUUACUGGUGAUCCAAAUAUAUCUGUAGAUCAAGUCGGUGUUCCGAAAAGCAUUGCCCAAAACUUAACCUUUCCGGAAUUGGUUACACCGUUCAACAUUGAUCUUCUCCAAGGAUUAGUGGAAAAUGGUCCUUCUGUGCAUCCGGGAGCUAAAUAUGUUAUAAGGGAUACUGGUGAACGAAUUGAUCUCAAGCAUACAUCGGGUAUGAGCGGCGGUGUACGGUUACAACUAGGGUGGAAGGUUGAACGCCAUCUUAAUGAUGGAGAUAUAAUUAUUUUUAAUCGUCAACCUUCGCUUCACAAAAUGUCAAUGAUGGGACAUAGAGUCCGUGUCAUGCCCUAUUCUACUUUCCGCCUGAAUUUAUCAGUCACAACUCCUUAUAAUGCUGAUUUUGAUGGUGAUGAAAUGAAUAUGCAUGUUCCUCAAUCUGUAGAGACUAAAGCAGAGAUUUCUGAAAUUUGCAUGGUACCUAAACAAGUAGUGUCUCCCCAAUCAAACAAACCCGUAAUGGGUAUCGUCCAGGAUACUUUAUGUGCUGUUCGAAAAUUCACUAAGCGAGAUUGUUUUUUAUCAAAAGAUUUGGUAAUGAACAUUUUGAUGUGGGUAUUAGAUUGGGAUGGUCGUCUUCCGAUUCCGUGUAUCUUAAAACCCAUUCCUUUAUGGACUGGUAAACAAAUUCUAAGUAUGAUUAUUCCUAAAGGUAUAAACUCGGACAAUUUACGCCAUUCAGGUCACCCUGAAAAUGAACAUUCAGAUAUUUCUCCAGGUGAUACUAAAGUUUUGAUAGAGGAUGGAGAGCUACUUUGUGGUAUCGUGUGUAAAAAGACAGUUGGUGCGACACAUCAAGGUUUAGUUCAUGUUAUUAUGAAUGAAUUAGGGCCUGAAAAAGCAAAGGACUUUUUAAACGGAUGUCAAGCUGUUGUCAACCAAUGGUUGCUACAAAAUGGGUUUAGUAUUGGCAUUGGUGAUACGAUCGCUGAUGACGAAACAAUGAAAAAUAUUACUAAUACAAUUAGUAAUGCCAAAUCACGUGUAGCUGAAAUUAUUGUGGAGGCACAACAGGACAAAUUAGAGUGUGCUCCUGGUAUGACUAUACGGGAAACAUUUGAACAUAGAGUCAAUAAAGAACUAAAUACUGCUCGUGAUGCUGCUGGAAAAAGCGCGGAACAAAGUUUAAAAGAAGAAAAUAAUGUCAAACAAAUGGUUAUUGCUGGCUCGAAAGGUUCCUUUAUUAAUAUUUCACAAAUGACAGCUUGUGUCGGUCAGCAGAACGUUGAGGGCAAACGUAUACCGUUCGGAUUUAAAUUCCGUACUUUGCCACAUUUUACAAAGGAUGACCAUAGCCCAGAAAGUCGUGGAUUUGUCGAAAAUUGUUACCUUCGUGGUUUAACACCACAGGAAUUUUUCUUUCACGCUAUGGGUGGACGUGAAGGUUUAAUCGACACUGCUGUAAAAACUGCUGAAACCGGUUAUAUUCAACGUCGUUUGGUGAAAGCCUUGGAAGAUGUGAUGGUUAAAUACGACGGGACAGUUCGUAAUUCUCUCGGCGACAUUGUUCAAUUUUGUUAUGGAGAGGAUGGGAUGGAUGCAUGUUUCGUUGAGCCACAGACUUUUGAUACUUUACCAAUGAGUAAUUCAGAAUUUGAUAACAAAUAUCUCAUAGAACUCACUAAAGAUGACGAAAAGAAUAAAGAAAAAGAGACCAGCCAACAGGAUGACAACGAUUUAGUUCAACCAAAGAAGCCUAAAACUCAGCAAGAAAUAAUUAGAGAAAAAAUUGUUGAAGAAUAUAUGCAAUUAAAACGAGAUCGUGAAAUGCUGCAACGAGACAUUUUUACAAACGGUGAUAAUAAGUGGCCGUUACCUGUUAAUAUUAAACGUCUUAUUAAAAAUGCCCAACAAAAGUUCAACAUUAGACCUUCACGCUGGACUACUACUGAUUUGCAAUACCAUGAAGUAAUUAACAGUGUUGAAGAAGUUAUGUCGAGACUAUUGGUAGUUAAAGGAAAUGAUCAAAUCAGUCAUGAAGCACAGACGAACGCAACUACAUUGUUUAAAAUCUUAUUAAGAUCAUGGUUAGCAAGUCGACGUGUAAUUGAAGAAUUCCAUCUCAAUUCUCAAGCUCUAAAAUGGGUUUUAGGUGAAGUCGAAUCAAGGUUCCGGAAAUCUCUUGUUUCUCCCGGAGAAAUGGUUGGAACAGUUGCCGCGCAGUCUAUUGGAGAACCUGCUACACAAAUGACAUUGAACACUUUCCAUUAUGCCGGUGUUGCAAGUAAAAACGUCACACUUGGUGUUCCUCGUCUUAAAGAAAUUAUUAAUGUUGCCAAAAACAUAAAAACACCUUCCCUCCAUGUGUUCCUCACGGGUGAAUAUUCCCAUUCAAUGGAGGCUGCCAAAGAAAUCCAAAGCGCGAUAGAGUACACUACUUUGAAGACUGUAACACAACGCACGGAGAUAUGGUAUGAUCCUAGUCUUCAUAGUUCUAAUAUUGAAGCAGAUAAAGAUUUCGUUGAAUUGUAUUAUGAAAUGGAAGAAAGUGAGGAAUCUGAUGAAGGUGGCUACCAGUCUCCUUGGGUUUUACGUUUUGAACUCAAUCAUGGUGUGAUGCUUGAUAAAAAGCUUCAAAUGGAUAUGGUUGGACGCAAAAUACAGCAAAGUUUUAAGGAUGAUAUUCAUGCUAUAUGGAAUGACGACAAUUCUGAAUUGAAAGUUAUUCGCUGUCGAAUUAAAAUUGCACCUGGUAUUGACAAAGAAAGUACAGAUGACUCCGGUCACAAGAUUGAAGAAGAUGUGUUUUUAAAACGUGUCGAAAAUAAUAUGUUGACAACUAUUGGUCUUCGUGGUAUUAAAGGAAUUAAUCGUGUUUAUUUGACCGAAAGUAAAAAAACUCGCAUUUCCAUUAACGACACGGGUAAAAUAAUCAAAGAGGAUGAGACAAUACUUGAAACUGAUGGCACAAACUUGCAAGAAGUGCUAAACGUCGACCACGUAGAUUAUAGGCGCACUUACUCCAAUAAUUGUGUAGAAAUUAUGCAAGUUUUAGGUAUUGAGGCGACACGAGCUGCGUUGUUGAAAGAACUUCGAGAUGUUAUACAAUUUGAUGGGUCGUAUGUUAAUUAUCGUCAUUUGGCUCUUUUAUGUGAUGUGAUGACUUCUCGUGGUCAUUUAAUGGCGAUUACCCGGCAUGGAAUAAACCGUGCUGAAACCGGCGCUUUAAUGAGGUGUUCUUUUGAAGAGACAGUAGAGAUAUUAAUGGAGGCAGCUGCUGCUGGAGAAGUUGAUGAUUGUAGAGGGGUGGCGGAAAAUAUAAUGUUAGGACAAGUUGCACCUCUAGGAACCGGGGAAUUUGAUAUAUAUCUUGAUCAGGAUAUGCUGAAAACAACCGCACCGUCUAGUGAAAGUGCAAAAGCUGGAAUUCCAUUUGGCAUGUCUGAAACACGACGUCAAUUGGGUAGCAUGACUCCUUCACAUGCUAUGAAUGUACCUAUGACACCAUAUUCUCUUGGUAAUCGAACUCCUUCGCAUAUGAUGUCUCCAAUGUAUGGUAGUGUAUCACCACAAUAUAACUAUGUCCCUUCUUCACCGGCAUUUUCGCCUGUUCUUGAACUUGGAGGUACAAAACCCAUUACUGUUGGGCAAAGUUAUCCGUGGUCAAGCCCAUAUACUUCAGAAAGUCCUAUUUAUGGUCCUUCAUCACCGACUUAUUCUCCAAGUUCACCGGGAGCACCCUUCGCUCAUUCUCCGGCACCUGCAUUUACUCCGCAAAGUCCUGCAUAUAGUCCAACUAGUCCUCACUAUUCACCAACUAGUCCUCAACCUAGUGGUUAUAUGAUUGCGUCUAUUGGUAAUUAUUCUGCAACCCCAUCAAACUAUAAUCGACCGGCAACAAGCCCUAGUUAUUCUCCGAACUCCCCAAGCUAUUCGCCGACAUCUCCAAGCUAUUCACCAACAUCCCCAAGCUAUUCACCUACCUCACCCAACUAUACUCCUACUUCACCGAGAUAUUCACCUACUUCUCCAAGUUAUUCUCCAACUUCACCCAAUUAUUCGCCAACCUCUCCACGAUAUUCACCAACGUCACCUAAUUAUACACCCACAUCUCCAACAUAUUCACCUACGUCUCCAACGUAUUCUCCAACAUCACCUCAUUACUCUCCAACGUCACCAUCUUAUUCUCCAACUUCUCCUGUAUAUACGCCAUCAUCGCCAAGUACUACUGCUAAUUACACCCCAACUGCAAGCUCAUCGUAUAGCCCUGUAUCAUCAAUCACUGCAGCUCCCGGUCUCAAUGCAGCUACAUAUAGUCCAACAAUUGGAUCUUCGUCAAUAAAUUCUGCUUCACCGUCAUCUCCGCGCUAUAGUCCUACAUCACCUGCAUAUUCUCCACGAACAAAUAGAGAUGAUUUAGGAAAUGAUCGAUCAUUUGUUUGA